AUUAGCCGUCAACAUUUGACGCUCAAUGGUGCUGUCUCUGUGUUUUUGUUUAAUCAGCUGCGUUUCUAAGUAGUUCAGUAAUGGAAGUGAACAGGGAUGAAGCGGAAAGAUGUAUUGAGAUCGCACUCGGGGCGCUGGAGAACGCGCAGCCGGAGAAAGCGCGCCGGUUCCUGGAGAAAGCGCAGCGGCUCUUCCCGACGCACCGAGCCCGGGAGUUGCUGGAGUCUCUGGAUCGGACCGCAGAUGGUUCAUCUCACAGCAGUUCUACAGGCGCCGCAGAUGGAACAGAAGCCCGUCAUCGCAGGUCUAAUGGCACAACACCUGCAGACAACAGCACGGACUCCGGCAAGCCAUUCACAUCCGAACAGGCCGAGGCCGUUAGAAGAAUAAAGCAAUGCAAGAACUAUUAUGAGAUCCUCGGCGUGCAGAAAGAUGCUUCAGAAGACGACCUGAAGAAAGCGUACAGAAAACUGGCAUUAAAGUUUCACCCUGAUAAAAAUCACGCCCCGGGAGCGACCGAGGCAUUUAAAGCGAUAGGAAACGCAUAUGCAGUUUUAUCUAAUGUGGAGAAGCGGCUGCAGUACGAUCAGUUCGGAGAGCAGCGGAGCAGCGCGGGCAGAUCCAGCCAUCAGAACACACAGUUUGAAGCAGAUAUCUCUCCUGAAGAUCUCUUCAACAUGUUCUUCGGAGGAGGAUUUCCUUCUAGUAACGUUCACACGUACAGUAAUGGAAGAAUGCGCUUUAAUAAUCAGCCUCAGGGCGAGCGAGGAGAACAAAGAGGGGGUGGUCUUGCUCUACUCAUGCAGUUGAUGCCCAUCCUCAUCCUGGUCAUUGUAUCAGCACUCAGUCAAAUGAUGGUGGCCAGCCCCCCCUACAGUCUCAGCUACAGACCGUCAGCUGGUCACACACACAAGCGUGUGACGGAGAGUCUAGGCGUGACGUAUUACGUGAGCGAGCGUUUCCUUCAGGAGUUCAGCGGCGUAAAACUAAAGCAGGUGGAGAACGGUGUGGAAGACGAUUACAUCUCCAACCUGAGAAACAACUGCUGGAAAGAGAAACAACAGAAGGAGGGUUUGCUGUACCGUGCACGGUAUUUUGGGGACAGUGAUUUAUACCAGCGUGCUCAGCGGAUGGGAACCCCGAGCUGCUCGCGGCUGUCUGAAGUUCAAGCGUCUCUACACGGAUAAAACGACUCUCUCUCUGCUCUACCUGGUUCCACAAAAACAAUCUCUCCAGUCUGGAAAAUGGACGGAUGCCGAACGGAUUGUAAAUACAUUCAUUUGAAAAAACUGGAUGAACAUUUGCAACAACUAAUGAGCUUAACUAGAGAAGACUGACUGUUAAACUGUGUGUGUGCACAUAUACAUACAUGCAUUCAAAGGAUUGUGUGUGUGUGUGUGUGUGUGUGUGUGUGUGUGUGUGUGUGUGUGUGUGUGUGUGUGUGUGUGUGUGUGUGUGUGUGUGUGUGUGUGUGUGUGUGUGUCUCUGUGUGUGGGGGCGCGUGUGUGUGUGUGUCUCUGUGUGUGGGGG